AUGAUUUAUUCUCAGUAAACAAAUUAAGAGUACAAAGAAAUGGGAUUAUAAUGUUUUGAUACAAUGGACUAGUCUAUAGGUCAAUUAUAAUAAUUGAAAAUUCGAUAAAACCAAGUAUUUUAUGGAGUUAUUUUAGGAACGAUAAGAGUAUAUGCUUUUAACACAAGAGUACAUCAUAGAUUGCCUGAAUUAUGAAAAUGAAGAGAUUGAGGAUGAUGUAAAGACAUUCUAUAAUAUCAGUAGGUUGUUUAAACAAUAAAAAAUAUAUGUUAAAAAAUGGUAUUUAGACCCUUAUGGAAUUAUGAGGAUUUGAUUGUGGAAUUUGAGCAGCAACUAGAGACUUUAACACGUAAGCACAACUUUUUUAUAUUGAAUAUUUUUAGACGAUUAUAUCGUAUUGAAUUAAGUCAAAUUAAUCAUUUCCAGUUUCGAUGCAUAAUACAAAAACAAGUUUAAUUAAAUAAGUUCUAAUUGUCUGUAGGUAUUAAAAAGCUUAAGUUCUACAGAGAAAACUUAAUUAAAGAGGAUGAACCAUUAUAUUGAAGGUAAUAAAUAAAAAUAACCGAAGUACAAGAAUUGAUACCUAACUAAUAGGAUAGAGUGGAUGAGAUUCAUUAAAUGCUUACAACAUAAAUCUAGUAAAAUAUAAUAUUUUAUAUUAGAGUGCAUGAUAAUAUAUUAUCUAUAGACUUCUGGGGUUAUCCUCUAUAUUAAUUAGCUGGCAUAACUUAAUAAGAUUUAUCAUACUAGGUCAAAAAAUAGAAUAUCGAUGUUAUUUUGAUAGAUACCUAUGGAAUAAAUUAAGAAGUAGCUAAAGUUCUGUUUUAACUAUUACCUGAUUAUGAAGUUAUUUUGGCUUAGCUACUUUCAGCAAUUAACUUAAGCAAGGGCAAUUUAUAGCAUGUAAAAAAUUCUAAAUUAUGAAUUGUAUUAGGUCAUGUCUAAUAUCUUUGAUGUUUAAUUAAAAAUGAUUGAAUAGUUGAAUCCUUUUACUUUGAAGGGGAAAGGAAUGGUUUGUUGUCAGAAUGAAGGUUUUUUAGGGGAUGAAUUUAUAUGUUUUUAUUUGGGUGAAGUAUAUACACCAUAAAGAUGGUUUGAGAAAUAGACAAUAUUUCAUAAGAGAAUGUAAGAUGGUAAUCGAAAGACAUGUUCAUAAAGUCCAUAUGCUGAAUUCUUUGUUAAUGAUGAUUUAUUAGUAAAGUUUGAAACUAUGUUUAAGUUUAUUGAUCCAACGAGGUAUGGCAACAUGGCUUAGCAUAUCUCAUAUUCGUGUGAUCCAAAUUGCAAGUUAAUAACAGUAAUUGUUAAUUCUCAAAACUUAUUGGCUGUUAUCACAUCUAGAAAAAUAAAUUAUUUAGAAGAAUUGACUUUGCCUUUCCCUUUUACUUCUUAAGAUUCUUGUCUAUGUGGAUCAUUACAUUGCAAAAGAAAAUAACAGCUAGAAAUAGAAAAUACACAUCAGCUUAGCAUCUUUCCUAAUUAUAUACAAAGAAAUGUAAUUUUGUUAUAAUCUACACUUAUUUCAUACCCAAAUAUAUAAAAUGAUAUUCCUGAAUGGUUAGCAAAUUGGCAGAAACUUAAUCAUCAAUAAAAUUACAUUAAUAUACUAUCUUGUGUAGACAAAGUCAAGUUUGCUUUACAACAUUUAAAGACGAUGUUACCGCCUAUUUUUAUAGUAAAUAACAUUUUCAAUUAAUUCUGGAACAAUUAUGACACUCAGACUCAAAAAAUUUAGAUGGAGUCUUCAAUAAUUAAUGAAAUUGUCAUUUUCUUAAAAAGACAUUCUAAAAUACAUUAAUGUAGUAUAGGGUUAGAAAUAAUCAAAUAAAUUAAAUAAAUAAUUGAUCAGAAAUACGAUUAUGCUUUGGAAUUAACAAGAAUGUUAUUUUUAUUAUUAAGCGAACUUAUUUUAAAUAUUUAAACUUGUUCAUUUAAUAAUUAAGCUUUUUCCACUAUUUUAUACUUUAUGUCAUUCACUCAUACAUACUUUUCAUCUACUUAAUAUUAAGGUUUUGAUGCUAAACCAUUUGAAGAAAAUGAAUUUGAAUAUAUUCCUUAACCAAAAAAUAAAUCUAAAUUAGCAUUAUCUAAGUAAUACACACCAUAAUUUAUUUGGGGUUAACUUAUUAAUUGGAAUAAAUAAACACUUCAAAAUCCUUAAUCUUCAAUGGCAUAGGAAAGAAGAGGUGUUUUAUGUUAUCCCUCUUUAUUGUUAUCAUUUGAUAAUAAACAUAAGGCUUUUCCAUAUUAAUGCAAAACCAGGGAAAAAUAUUUACAAUAUUUUUAAUCUAAAAAAGAAAUUCAACCUGAUUUGUCCACAUGGUCAUACAAAAAUUAACAUAAGUAUAAAUAUAUAAUUUUAUAAUAGUAUUUAUGGUACAAUAUUUUUUGAAUAAUACUUUUCUUAACAUCUAGUCGGAGAGGAUUUCGUUAGUUAAAUUUGUAAAAUAGGAAUGUAAACAUUUGAAAAAAAAUUUUAAUAUUGGUUACAUGUAGAAAACUCUUUUAAUUUGAAACAAUAAAAUUUAGAUGAACUACAAAUUAUCUUCCAAGAGUAUAAUUUAUUUUCAUAAUUUUAGAAAAUUUUAAACAUUUUUUGAUUAAAAUCCAAAAAGCAAUUCUUGUACUGACUAUGAUGAUAAUAUAAGAAAAAAACAUAAAUUUAAUUAAGAUACAAUAAUAGCUGAAGAAACUCAAUUUAGUGCAUAUUGA